ACUUACGGCCCAAUAGUUCAAAAAUUGGGCCGGACCAGGCUCAGACCAUUAUCAUCGGACUGAAGCUAGCCGCAUGUUCCACACCUUUUUAGGGUUUAGUUGCAGCACGGGAAGGCGCCAGCUUUGUUUACAAACGCAAGCAUUCAAUCAUUUGUUCUCCCAACGCUGCGUUUCCAUCGAUUUUGGGUUUUCAAUCGACCGAGUUCUAGCGUGAUCAUUAAAAAUUUGAAGGAGCUAGAUGGGGGUGGAACAAGAAAAUGGUACUCCUACAGAGAUGGUGCCGGCUUCCGAACAGGAUAUCUCUGAUGAGUUAGAUGUGAAAGUGAAGAAGUAUCUUAGAGGUGAAGGUGCUAAUUUAGAGGCUUUACAAGAUAAGAAAUUGAAGGGUCAACUUGUUAUUAGAGAAGAAUUAUAUGGAAAAUCUGCAAAAGCUGCUGCCAAGGCUGAGAAGUGGCUUAUGCCAAGUGAGGGAGGCUAUUUGGAGGCAGAAGGUAUAGAGAAGACUUGGAGGAUCAAACAAGAGUCUAUUGCACGUGAAGUGGAUAUCCUAAGCUCAAAGAAUCAAUAUGAUAUAGUCUUACCAGAGCUUGGUCCUUACACUCUGGAUUUCACCUCAAGUGGUCGGUAUAUGGCAGUUGGAGGACGUAAGGGCCACCUGGCUAUCAUAGAUAUGAAAAAUAUGGGUGUAAUUAAAGACUUUCAGGUUAGGGAAACAGUCCGUGAUGUGGUGUUCUUGCACAAUGAGCUGUUUUUUGCUGCUGCCCAAAAGAAGUAUCCAUAUAUUUAUAACCGGGAUGGGACAGAACUUCACUGUCUAAAGGAGCAUGGUUCAGUACUAAAACUUCAGUUUCUGAAAAACCAUUUCCUCUUAGCAUCCAUAAAUAAAUUUGGGCAGCUUCAUUACCAAGAUGUUACUAUGGGUGAAAUGGUUGGUAACUACCGGACUGGUCUAGGCCGUACUGCUGUAAUGCAGGUGAAUCCAUUCAAUGGAGUUGUUGGUUUGGGUCAUUCUGGUGGUAUAGUGACCAUGUGGAAGCCUACCAGCUCUGCUCCCCUCGUGAAGAUGCUGUGUCAUCAUGGACCCAUCUCAGCUUUAGCAUUCCACCCCAAUGGACAUCUCAUGGCCACAGCUGGCAUGGAUAAGAAAAUCAAGCUUUGGGACUUGAGGAAAUUUGAGGUUCUCCAAACUUUACCAGGCCAUGCCAAGACCUUGGACUUCAGUCAGAAAGGUUUGCUUGCCACUGGAACUGGCUCAUUUGUACAAAUUCUCGGAGAUUUCUCAGGGACUGAAAAUUAUAGUCGGUAUAUGGGUCAUUCCAUGGCGAAAGGCUACCAGAUAGGAAAAGUGCUGUUCCGACCAUACGAAGAUGUUCUGAGCAUAGGGCACUCUAUGGGUUGGUCUUGUAUUCUCAUCCCUGGAUCUGGAGAACCCAACUUCGAUUCAUGGGUGGCAAACCCGUUUGAAACAUCAAAACAGCGGAGAGAGAAGGAAGUACACUCUCUUCUCGACAAGCUCCCGCCUGAAACAAUUAUGCUGGACCCCACCAAGAUUGGUACAGUGAGGCAAUCAAGGAAGAGAGAGAAGCCAACAAAGCAGGAGAGAAAGGCCGAAAUGGAGGCUGCUGUGGAAGAUGCCAAGAGCAUUCCCCUGAGGAAGAAAAUGAAGGGGAAGAACAAGCCGAGUAAGAAAGUGAAGAAGAGGGAGGAGGCAGUUGCCAGAGCCAAGAAGCCAUUCCUGGAGCGGCAAAUGGAGGAAGAAAAUUUGUCUACAAAGAAACAGAAAAUAAGUGGGGAAAUUGAACUGCCCAAAUCUCUACAGCGCUUUGCUCGCAAGAAAGCAACAACAUGAUUAUAACAAUAUUUUGUGAAGCUUAUACUAUAGUUUUGUUUUUCCCUCCUCUCCACUCCAUUUGCCCCCUUUUUGGUGUUCAUCUGAUCUAAAAUGUAUUUUAUUUUCCAAUUUUUUGUUGUGUACUUGAGAGAUAAAUUAGAUUAGAUCGGCGGAAACAUGAUUAAUGCAGUGAGUCGACCCAAGUUGUUGGGAUUUUGAGCAGAA